AAUUUUUGCUUCUUUAAGAAAAUACAUAUGCAAACCGCAGCCCGUCACCAUGGUUACUGCUGAAUGCUACCGAGAAUAGCUUGUUUCACGUUCUCAGACCCAUAGGGUUCGGAAGGCGCGAUUAUUUUGGCCUUUCACCGUUUCCCCUCUCGCUGGGCCACUGUCCCGCUGCUGCAAAGAGAGCAUGUUGUAAUUAGCCCAGCGCCGCCGGGCCCGGCGCGGAGGAGGCGGUGGCUGCGCCGCCGCAGCGCUGGAGCCGUGCUCAGACGAAAGCCACGCAGGAGGCGAGGCAGGGCCGAUGUUCAAGGGAAAACUGCAAAUACCUGCACCCACCGCCACACUUAAAAACGCAGCUGGAGAUAAAUGGACGCAAUAACCUGAUUCAGCAGAAGAACAUGGCCAUGCUGGCCCAGCAGAUGCAGCUUGCCAACGCCAUGAUGCCUGGUGCCCCCUUGCAGCCUGUGCCGAUGUUCUCAGUCGCGCCCAGCUUAGCCACCAAUGCCUCGGCCGCCUUUAACCCCUACCUGGGGCCCGUGUCCCCGGGGCUGGUCCCAGCGGAGAUCCUGCCCACCGCCCCCAUGCUGGUGACGGGCAACCCCGGCGUCCCGGUUCCUGCCGCCGCUGCCGCUGCCGCCCAGAAGCUAAUGAGGACGGACAGGCUGGAGGUGUGUCGGGAGUACCAGCGUGGGAACUGCAACCGGGGGGAGAACGACUGCCGGUUCGCCCACCCCGCCGACAGCGCCAUGAUCGAUACCAACGAUAACACCGUUACGGUCUGCAUGGAUUACAUCAAAGGGAGAUGCUCACGGGAAAAGUGCAAAUAUUUCCACCCUCCGGCACAUCUGCAAGCCAAGAUCAAGGCUGCCCAGUACCAGGUUAACCAGGCUGCGGCUGCCCAGGCAGCAGCGACGGCAGCUGCCAUGACUCAGUCGGCUGUCAAAUCACUGAAGCGACCCCUCGAGGCAACCUUUGACCUGGGAAUUCCUCAAGCUGUACUUCCCCCAUUACCAAAGAGGCCUGCGCUUGAAAAAACCAAUGGUGCCACCGCAGUGUUUAAUACUGGUAUUUUCCAAUACCAGCAAGCUCUUGCCAACAUGCAGCUGCAGCAGCAUACGGCCUUUCUCCCACCAGGCUCAAUAUUGUGCAUGACACCCGCUACAAGUGUUGUUCCCAUGGUGCACGGUGCUACGCCAGCCACUGUGUCUGCAGCAACAACAUCUGCCACAAGUGUUCCCUUCGCUGCAACAGCCACAGCCAACCAGAUACCCAUAAUAUCUGCCGAACAUCUGACUAGCCACAAGUAUGUUACACAGAUGUAGACAUUUUGUCAUCAAACAAUCAUAACUAAGGAGAAAAGGACAGUGUGUUUGGGUUGAGAACAGGACAAGUUCAUUAGCCAUAAUGUAUAUACCGUCAAGCGACACUCGGAAACUCCCUCAGCAGUAAGACAUCCACACAUUGCAUGUUAACGAGACGAAACCAGAACUUGGAAAUCCACUGCACACUGUUGCCUAUAUACUUUGUACAUUUAAUUGAUAUUUGUGCUGAGGUGAUCUUAUUGUCUAAAACUACAACAUCGUCUAUCUUUUCUAGCACAGAAGUAUGCAUAUGUAUUUGAAUAUGCAUAUGUAGUCUAUUUCCUACAUAAUCACGUAUGUCACCUUGAAAAGACAGACUAUGGUGUAACCAUAAACCUAUUAUGUAUUGGUACGUCUGUAGACCAAGAUAUAAUUUUUUAAAGUAAGUUUAUUUCUUUCAAGGUUUACAAAUAACAAAGGUGCACCUUGUAUUUAAAAUUGCCAUUAUAGAUGAGAGCGUGCAUGCACAGUAAUUUUUGUUUAAGAGUAAUAUUUUUAAUGUAAUAGAUUGUAAGAAGUGGUAAGAGAGGUAUCUGACAGAGAUGAAUGUGCCAAGCAAAACCACAACUGUGUAUAUUUUAAAGCACAUCCAUGGCUUUAAGUACCGUGUUGUUAAGGAUUCUCAUGAAGUGCCAUAGACUGUACAUCAGAUUAGAGUAUUAUUUCUGCAGUGUUAUUUUCAGAACCACAUUUUCACUUACUUUACUAGUACUAAUCAGUCAAAGGGCACCAUUCUGUUUCAAAACCAAAGCUGUCUCAGAAAUGGCCAAUUACUCCUUACAGUAACGUUAGACAGCACAAGAGAGAUAUUCUAGCCGUACAAAUUAACCCAUACUGGACAUAUAUAUAAACUAUUUUAAGGCAUUAUAGUGUAAUAUUUAUGCGUAUUUUACUGUAUAACAUGAUAUAUGAAAGGGAAAAGCCAUUUCUGAGACACAGUAACACAUGUUUGAGGAACUUCUUUUGCUUCUAUUUAUAGCCUCUGUCGAAAGUCGAAAGGACUAUAAAUGCUUUGCAGAGAUGGGUUUCACUUUUACUUCAUCAAAGUCACGCAUUAAAUAGUGACUCUAAACAAAGACGAAAGAAGCACUGACAUCAGAUGCAUGACAAACCAAAAUAUGAAAAAAUGGAGAUGUUAAUUAGCAUAGAAAUUGGGUGGGUUAAAUACUCGGGUGAGUUUUAUAUGUGAUUUUUUUUUGUUCAGAUUAACUGCUUAUAGCCUUAGAAAGCCUUUACAAAAUAAAAACAAAAAAAUAGAUGUGCAUUCAAGUUCUAAGAAUGGAUUCAUCCAAAGGAAUUCCUUUUUGUGGUUUGGAUGUUGCAGCUAGUAAAGGAUAUUUUUGCUCUGUUCAGCAAAGUGCUGAAGUGGGGGCCAGGUCACUGGUAGCAUAGCGUGGAGUGGAAGAAGCGCGAGUUCGGUUGUAGAACUCUCCAUACUUCCAAGUUUACUGCAAGUUUUUAUGCUUGAGAGAGAUGCUUUAUAGUAUAAGAAUGAUGUGUUGAUUUUACUGAUUGUACUGUACAUCUAUUAAAGCCUUAGAUUAUUACAUUACGGGUUAAAACCCAUACCAAUGUAAUUUCAAUCGUGUUAAGAAAGUAUAGGUGACUUCACAUGUUAUUGUAGUUACUUAACAUUAGAGAAUAUUACUUAUUUUUUCUUGUUAAAAGUGUAGUUUUUAUUUCUUACAUUUAUUAGAUUGUUUUCAUUUUCUAUUACCAGUUGAAUACCAUUUCAGUUUAUAGAAUUUUGUUUUAUUAGAGUUUACUGAUGAAUUUUUCAAAAUACAAAAAAAAAGUAGUUUUCUUCAUAACAUACUCAGUUUUGAAUUUACAUGUAGUGUCAUAUGAAUAUUCGUAUUAUUGUUGACUAAAUGAUUUAUAUUUUACUGAUUUAAUAUUACAAUGUAAGAAUGUCAGUCAUCGUUAGUUCUUGUCUAGUUUUCAUUAAAAGAACAAAGAUCUUUUAUAUGGAUAUCUUAUAAUUAUAUAAUCAUUGCUAAGUAAGAAGUUAAGUUGUUGCUAUCGCAACAAUCCUGGCAGACAAUUGAGUAAUAUUUUGAUGAUUUAUUUUGUUUGUAAUUAGUUAUUAUGAGAAAAUCUAGUUCCUAGAUAUUAGAAUAAAAUUUAUUUUCUACUGUAUCCAUUUCAAAUGUUAAAAUAUUGUUUAAAUAUUUUUUGAAAUCCCUGAAUAUCAGGCCUUGUUAUAAAUAAGCUGCAUAAUCAAUAGAUCAAGGGACGUUUUGUUGAUAAUCCAAAUACUCAAAGUUUACGUAACAAGAAUUAUAGUGUGUGUGUGCAAACUCUUGAGGGUUGAUUAUGCUGCAGUUUAGCAUGUGGGAACGUAUAGAGAGAAGGUUGACUUUUUGCACUUCUGUAUAUAGUCAAAAAAGAGAGAAACCUGUAUAAUAGUAAGAUCUUAUUUUGAAUAAAAAUGUCUAUAAUUACAAGGAGUUUUGUUAAGGCUAACAAAAUGACAGGCUGAACAAAAUUGCUUGCAAAAGUGGCACAGAGUUAGCACUCCAUACCCCUUCAAAAAAGUUGCUUUGCUUUAUGUGGACAGCUUGUAGUUUGCCAGGAUUUUUUCAGCUGGAAAGAUAUGCCAUCCUUCCAAGAUCUCAUGACUGACAAAAGCUCCACUGGUUCAAAUCUGCCUGAAAAUCAUUAAUAAAAAAAAGGAAAAAAAAGAAAAAAAAAGAAAAAAAAGCAGGUACUUCAAACCAUCAAGGUGAAAUCAUGGAUCAAAUAUUCCGUACAUUAUUCAAAAACUACUGCAUGUUUAAAGUAUCAAAAAUAUAUUAAAGAUAUAUACUAUUCAAACCAGUUUCUGACAAUUUCAGUGGUUUAUUGUUCACAAAAAAAAGAUUCUUCAAAACAAAUACUGACUUUCACAAAAAGUUAAAUCAUGAACAGGCAAACCAAACAGCACACCGUAGCUGUAGUUGUUAUGUGAUUAUUUUUUAUUGCUGUAGUGGUCCUGUUCUUUUAGCAGGUGAAAAAAAAAAAAC